AAAAAAAAAAAAAAAGGCCAGACUACUGGGGCCCAGGAGGCAACCCCUCCACACUGCAGAGGAAAUAACCACAGCACUAAUUCCUGUAAAGGCUCCCCACAGUGCCGGAGCCCCAGAAGCAGUAUGUGGCAGGAAGGUCUGUGCACUUUCCAUCACAUUUACAAAGACAUCCCUCCAAACCUCAAGGCUGGGGCCAGCCUGGUGCCUCAGGAUGUCAGCCCCUUCUUCCUGGGCCUCUCUAAAAGUUGUCCUCUCUGUGAUGUGCACACACAUAAUCAAGCCUGGAGAAAGAGAGAAACCCAAGUGGGACUGCUUAGUGUUUGGGAACCAGCACUCCAAGGCAGCAGAGGGGUUCACUGGGGUCAACGCACCAGUUCCUGGUGUCUUGGGCCGGCUCACAUACUAAGAUCUGUCUCUAUGCCCAAAGACAUGAAUCCACUCACCUGCUCUCCUCUUCCCUGUCUGCUGCAAGCCCCGCAGGCCUGGAACCACCUGCCUGAAGCUGUAAGGGCCUCGAUGUUCCAUUCUAACAAGAUUGGUUCCACACCAGCCACCCCUGGACCAAGAAGGGGAGGGGCUCUUCUUUAUGAGUAUUGUAAGAAAACAAUCACUCUUGGAAAGAGAGGUAUGCGAGUUAGCUUUUAGACCAUUAAUGAAUCCUUUCAUAGGAACAACAUGAAAACUGGAACCAUCUUGGGCAAUCCAAGGCACAUGUGUGGCCCUCUGACCUGGAUAGCUACUUCUCUCCUUUUCCAACAGAGACAUCCAGAGCCUGACAGAAAGAGGCUGGCCUAAGUGGGGGGUGCCCCUGAAGCCCCACCCGGCUUGGGGCAAAUAUCACUUCGUCACCACAUCCUGCCCUUGGCUUGUUCCUGGCUGGGCUAGCAGUCGGGGCUUGUCCCUGCUCUCAACUGAGUAGAUGGUCAGGGCUUGGCAGCCCCACCACUGCCUUUAUUGCAAAGCAGGUGGCCACUGCAUCUGCAUACCCAGGUGCCUUUGCUCUGUGGGCCAAGGCUGAUUUGCAGCUCCUGGCUCGCCAGAAUGCACAGUGUAGAAGAGAGACAACCACGAACUGCAUUUUAGCCAGGAGCCUGAGGCCUGCUGAGCCCGGCGCAGCCUGCCCGCCCCGCCAUGUGGAGCUGUGGCCCGCUCAAUGGCACUGGCAGGGGCGAGGACCCGCUCGUCUGUCAGCACUUCCACCUGGUCCUGUCCAUUCUCUCCCUGCUCUACCUGGUGGUUGGCUUUCCGGUUGGCCUGAGCUACAAUGCCCUGCUGGUCCUGGUCAACCUGUGUGACAAGGGCAGCAUGACCAUGCCUGAUGUCUACUUUGUGAACAUGGCCGUGGCAGGUCUGGUCCUUAGUGCCCUGGCCCCCGUGUAUCUGUUGGGCCCCACCGCCUCUAGGUGGGCCCUGUGGGGCCUCAGCAGCGAGGCACACGUGACGCUGCUGGUGCUGUUCAACGUCUCCUCGCUGGUGACCAUGUACUCCACGGCCCUGCUCAGCCUGGAUUACUACAUCGAGCGGGCUCUGCCACGUACCUACAUGUCCAGUGUCUACAACACCAGGCACGUGUGUGGCUUUGUCUGGGGAGGGGCCCUGCUGACCAGCUUCUCCUCCCUGCUGUUCUACAUCUGCAGCCACGUGGCAGCAAGGAUGGUUGAGUGCACCAAGAUGCAGGACACAGAGGCCGCUGACGCCAUCCUGGUGUUCAUUGGGUACCUGGUGCCCGCCCUGGCCGUGCUCUAUGCACUGGUGCUCAUCUCAAGACUGCAGAAGGAGGACACGCCUCUCGACCGGGACUCAGGGCGGCUGGACCCCUCAGUGCACAGGCUUCUGGUGGCCACCGUGUGCACUCAUUUUGGGCUCUGGACACCCCACUACCUGAGCCUCCUGGGGCAUACACUGCUUGCAUCACGGGGGAAGCCUGUGGAUGGGCACUACCUGGGGAUAUUGCUCUUCACUAAGGAUCUGUCCAAGUUCCUGGCCUUCUCCAGUAGUUCUGUGACACCCCUCCUCUACCGCUACAUCAACAGGAACUUCCCCAGCAAGCUCCGGCGGCUAAUAAAGAAGAUGCACUGUGGGCACCGGCACUGCCCCCAGGACCAAGCAGGGGUGCAGCAGGUGAUGGCAUGAACAGCCAGCCCACACCAGUGCUAAGCGCAGGUCUCCCUACUACAGGGGAGGGGAGGUCAGUUGUGCAGCUGACUUAGGUGCAGUCUGCAGUGACCAUGCUGAGCCUGUCCGUCCCUCCUUCUGGGUCUCACGUCCUGACCAAGGCGAGGUGGCCGACAGUUCAACUGAGUACAAGUACUUUGUCACCUGCAUGCUCUGCCACAUGUCAAGAUGUGCCGAGCAAGGCUGGAGUGACAUGAGGCGUGUUCUCAGUGCUUCCUGGGUUUUUUAAAAAAAGGGAUAUUUGAGGCCCCGGGUGUGUUGUCUGAAGCACCAGGUGCCUGGUUGAAGGUCGGCCAUGCUGACCUUUGCUUCUUCAGACUCACCCUCAGUCCAAGCCCCUGACAACCAUUACCUGCAGCCUCCUCGACAUAAACGCUCUAAAUGAAGUGAUGGAAAUCUAAAGCCAGUAUUUAUACUUUGUAAUGUUAAAAUACUUGAUUUUCCCCCUUUUGUUUAUAAAGAGGUAUUUGAUAGAAAAAUCACAAAGUAUUAAAAUGAAGGAAACAAUACAAAGAACACACAUCAGGGUGCGUGGAUGGACUCUGUGGCUGAAGAGUCACAUUUGGCGUCGAGCUGAAGGCGGGUGUCACAUGGGGGUGUUAUUAAAACCCUCAGAGGGAGGAUGGGGUGGGAGGUGCAGCUGGUGUACAGGAACAGUCCAGCAGCACCAGGUCUCUCCUUCCUGUGCUCACACACAUCAGCUGAUUGUCUCAGUACAGAUCUGUCCUUACACAUCAACCCCCAAAGUGUGUGCAGAACUAAAGAAUAUAAAUAAACUGAAUUAGAAAAAAUGCUGUUAGUCCUCCUAACCUAACAAAGCUGACAGACCGCCCAAGGAGGAGCGGCCAUAGGGAUGGGCCACAGGAUCUUCAGGUCCCCAUUAGCUGGUGUUGCAUGGUAACCGACUGGCUGACUUAAUUAGAAGUAGCUGCACAUGGAUGUUGGCUGUCGGAGGAACAUGGUGGGUGUGGAGUCCUUCCUUCCACCAGGCAUCUGCCCAGCACAGAGGGCCCCUCCUUCAGCCCCCGCCCCAUUCUAUAAACGCUUACUUAUGAAAGUGGAACUAGCAGACACCCCUUACCGUCCCCACAUACCCCCCACAUCUUUUAUGAUUACCUUACAGGCCACAGACCCCUGGAAGUCUUUUCAAGUUUGCAGCAAAUUCAUUUGGCAGCCAACCCUGACCUGAAGUGCUCUAGGGUGAUUUUCUGAAGAAAGAUGCAUGUGAUUCUGGAUGCUACAGCAGCCUACUGGCAUUCUGUAACAUACAAGUAUGUGGGGCCCAAUUUGGGCAGUCUACAUGGGGAAAUCACUGUUUGACCCCAGCCCCUUGGGAAAGUUAGCCAUUAUCCUGCUACAUGCAUGUCCCCUCCAGUGGAGAAGACGGAGCCAGCCCAGGCAGAUAUGCUGGCCACUGAGGCUCUGAACCCACCCACCCUGUCAGCUGCAAAACCCUGAAUAGGUUCUGUGGAGCCUCUGCUUCCUUGCCAGAAAACCAGACUGAUCUAGAAAGGUUUCCAGGCAGCUUCCUUUGGUGAAUGUGCUAUUUCUACUUAAAGGCACAGCAACUCUUCUGCCACUCUGGUCUCUUCAAACCUCAGAGUCUCAGCUUGACCCUCUCUCACACCAGGCUGUGCCAGGGCGCUGUGUCCCUGACUUCCUUUGGACACCCUGGUGUUGGCAGCUGUGUUAACAGUCUGUAGUUCUUUUCUAUCUAGCAAGCCCAGGGGCCAAGGUCAAGCCAAGGUCCACCAGGCAGCCUGCAGGCUCUGGAUCAGGAAGUCAGGGCCACAGUCAGGGGAAACGGGAUGCAGGUGAGAGGCUGGUUUGCGUGUUGGUGUUCUUGUUUAGAACAAAAGACCGUUUCCUUGCUUAUACUUUUCACUGGAGGACUAAGAAUCCUGGGAAAGGGGUUAAUCCUGAAAGCACGGCUCUGAGAGGCAGGCCCGCACCAGAGCUGGCCUUCCCUAAACAGAGGGGGUGGCCUAAAAUCACUUUUGUUUUCUUUUCGAUUUCUCAGUAGCUUUGGUUGCAAAUUGGCUAGUUCCUGGCAGGGUCACAGCAGGG